AUGAACCCAACCCACUUUUCUGCUGCCACGUGUCACCUGUUUCUGCCACGUGUCCACAUGCAGGUGAAGCGGUUGUCAGGCGUGGUGGACGACUGCUGCUGCGAGUACGAGACAGUGGACGAUCUGAACUCGCACGUGUUACAGCCCCUGCUGACCCAGCUCGUCAACACCACCUUCUUCAAGUACUUUAAGGUCGGUUCGUCUGUGGUGCAACUGUCCCUUCUGGCCAGACGAUGGCAUGUGCCACUCAAGGGACUGUUCUGUGGGAGUGCAAGGACGACGAGGUCCCCCCCGCCCUCCGCUGCCCCUUCCCCGCCCGCACCCUCGCUGCUCCCUGCUGACGUGGACGAGCCACGCGACGCUGACCUGGACCCGAGUGCGGAUGAGUCAGCAUCGGCUGAGUCAGCGGCGGGGUUGGUGGAUCGAACGGUGGAUCGGAGCGCGUUCCAGGCGUGGGUGGAGGCGGAUAACCCGUGGACGUCCGAUGAUGAUGAAGUGGACACAG